AUGACUACCAUUUUUGAACCAAACUUAAUUUGCUCUGAACAUACGAUCCAAGACCCUCCCACGCCUAGCACAUCCGAAAAAGCCUGGCACUCCAUAUUUGCUUCCAAAAAGUUUUCAUCUCUUCUCACCAUGUCCCCAACACCCAAAGAAGAAGCCAAAGUUGUUCAUCGCUCACCAUCUCAUGUUUCGGUCAAUGUUAUGCAAGAAAAUCCUCCCUACCAAAUUGACCAAACAACUCUCAUUGAGCUAGUGAAAGAGAAAAAACUUGAGAGAUUGCAGGAGUUUGGUGGCGUCAAUGGUGUGGCUUCUACUUUUGGAACUGACACUCAAGUUGGCAUUUCGGGUGGUGCCGACGAUGUUGCACGCCUACGCAAUACAUUCGGGUCCAACACCUACAACAAACCUCCAACAAAGGGCUUUUUCCAUUUUGUGAUUGAAGCACUUAAAGAACCCGCUGUAAUGAUUCUUUUGGGGUGUGCAGCUCUUUCACUUGGGUUUAAAAUCAAAGCACAUGGCCACAAAGACAGUUGGCAUGAGGUUGGAAGCAAUUUCGCGGCGGUAUUUCUACCCAUUGUUGUUUCUGCUAUAAGUAACUAUAUGCAGAACCGACAAUUCGAGGAGUUGUCAAGAGCCAACAACAAUAUUCUGGUUGAUGUUGUACGCGGAGGUCAGCGCCAACAACUUCCGAUGUUCGAUGUCGUUGUUGGAGACAUUGUGUGCCUAAAGAUGGGAGAUCAGGUUCCUGCUGAUGGGUUGUUCUUAGAUGGCCAUUCACUGCAAGUAGAUGAAUCAAGCAUGACUGGAGCAACUGAGCAUACUGAGGUAAAUAGCAGCCAAAAUCCGUUUCUAUUGUCGUGGACCAAAGUGGCUCAUGGGGACGCUCGAAUGCUUGUUACUUCGGUUGGUAUGAACACAACAUGGGGCCAAAUCAGCCGUGAAACCAAUGAACAGACACCUUUACAAGCACGUUUGAACAAGCUGUCCUCAUCGAUUGCUAAGGUUGGCUUAGCAGUUGCUUUCCCGGUUCUUGUUGUUUUGUUGGUUCGUUACUUCACAGGCCAUACAAAAGAUGAGAAGGGAAACCGGGAGUUCAAUAGAAGCAAGACAAAGACUUCUGAUAUUAUAAAUGCUAUUGUGGGCAUUGCCACUACGGCUAUUACCACCGCUGCAGAAGGACUGCCACUGGUUGUCACACUGACUUUGGCUUAUUCCAAGAAGAAAAUGGUGGCAGAUCAAGCAAUGGUGAGGAAGCUUUCUGCCUGUGAAACAAUGGCCUCUACCACCACAAUUUGUACCGCCAAAACAGGUACUCUCACACUCAACCGAAUGAAAGUUACAAAGUUUUGGCUCGGUCAGGAAUCUAUGGAAGAGGGAGCUUCCUCAAUUUCUCCAUUUGUUGUUGAUUUGAUUCAUCAAGGUGUUGCCUUAAACACUACUGGCAGUUUUUACAGAGCUUCUCCAGGAACAGAAUAUGAAUUAUCAGGUAGUCCUACAGAAAAAGCAAUCCUUUCAUGGGCUGUGGUGGAACUGAAGAUGGAUGUGGAGAAAACGAAGAAGCGUUGUGCAGCACUUCAAGUUGAAGCCUUCAUUCCUCAGAAAAGAAGAAGUGGUGUUUUGAUUGAAAGGAAUGAUGAUGACACUGUCCAUGUUCACUGGAAAGGAGCUGCUGAGAUGAUUCUAGCAAUGAGUUCAAGCUACUACGAUGCUUCAGGAGUUGUGAAAGAUCUCGAUGAUGGUGAAAGGAUGAAAUUCGAGGAAAUUAUUCAAGGCAUGGCAGCCAGCAGCCUCAGGUGCAUUGCUUUUGCCCAUAAACAAGUUCCAGAAGAAGAGUACCAAAAUUUAAAGGAGCAGAAAAAGCUCAAAGAAGACAGCUUGACCCUGUUAGGAUUGGUUGGUAUAAAGGAUCCAUGCAGACCUGGAGUGAAGAAAGCAGUGGAAGAUUGCCAAUAUGCUGGAGUAAACAUCAAAAUGAUCACUGGUGACAAUGUUUUCACUGCAAUAGCCAUAGCUACCGAAUGUGGGAUUCUCAAACCAGGUCAAGACUUGUCUAGUGGUGCAGUGGUAGAAGGUGAGGAAUUCAGAAACUAUACAUCACAAGAAAGGAUGGAGAAAGUUGAGAAAAUCCAAGUCAUGGCAGGAUUCUCUCCCUUUGAUAAACUUCUCAUGGUGCAAUGCUUGAAACAGAAAGGGCAUGUAGUUGCAGUCACUGGAGAUGGCACAGAUGAUGCACCUGCACUUAAGGAAGCAGAUAUUGGUCUAUCAACGGGGAUUCAAGGCACUGAAGCUGCGAGAGAGAGUUCGGAUAUCGUCAUCUUGGAUGAUAGUUUUGCUUCGGUUGCGACAGUCUUAAGGUGGGGAAGAUGUGUUUAUACCAACAUCCAAAAAUUCAUUCAGUUUCUGCUCACCGCAAAUGUUGCUACACUUUGUAUCAACUUUAUAGCUGCAGUAUCAACAGGUGAAGUCCCUCUAACUACGGUCCAGCUAUUCUGGGUGAACCUAUAUAUGGAUACAUUGGGCGCUUUGGCUUUGGCCACUGAGCGGCCUACAAAGGAGUUGUUGGAGAAACCGCCUGUUGGUCGAACCGAGCCUCUCAUUACAAACAUCAUGUGGAGGAACCUACUAGCUCAAGCUCUAUACCAGAUAGCAGUGCUACUUACCUUACAUUUCAAUGGUGAAUCAAUCUUUGGGGUGACAAAGAAGGUUAAUCACACAUUGAUCUUUAAUACUUUCAUGCUUUGCCAGGUCUUCAACAAAUUUAACGCAAGAAAGCUCGAAAAGAAGAACGUAUUUAAUGAUAUGCACAAAAAUAAGAUGUUUAUAGGAAUCACUGGGGUAACCAUUGUUCUACAAGUGGUGAUGGUGGAAUUUCUUAAACGAUUUACAGAUACGGAGAGGUUGAAUUGGGGACAGUGGGGAGCAUGCAUCGCCAUUGCAGCUGCUUCUUGUCCUCUUGGUUGGGCUGUCAAGUGCUUACCUGUUCCAAAGAAACCCAUUUUCAGCUAUCUAAAAUGGAAUGUCGCGGGUUUGGAUCAAAAUUCGUGACCAAUUUAUAUAUAAUUUUCCAUAAAGGUAAACUAAUUAGAUGAGAUUUAUUUAACUUAUUUGAACUGUUUCCUGAAAUAUAUGAAAAAAUUCAUUUA